GCACUUGGCGAGCGUCGCUGGCGGGAGUGAGGAGGAGUGGGUACGCUGCCGGCGUGUCUGUGCGUGUGGUGGCGGCGGCCCGGCCGCUGGGCCUACAGUGACCGAGCGAACAGAGAGCGAACGAACCGGCCGACCCGGCGGUCCCAGUCGGAGUGACCGGCGCUGGACGGCGGUCCCAGUCGGAGUGACCGGCGCUGGACGGCGGUCCCAGUCGGAGUGACCGGCGCUGGACGGCGGUCCCAGUCGGAGUGGACGGCGGUCCCAGUCGGAGUGACCGGCGCUGGAUCCCAGCCAGGUGCCGACAGCCGCCGUCUACAGUAACGCAGCGUGACGGCUCGCCGCUGCGGCGCAGAUGUGUGACCGGGAGCUGAUCUGAGCGGCCACCAUGGAGGACGAUCUGAGCGUCACCUCCGACGAGCUCAUCUUUAUCCGGAUCUGCGUGCCGGAGCUGAGCGUGGAGAAGUGCCUGCAGUUCUGCCGCUCCGACCUGGUCUGGGACGUGAAGCAGCAGUGUCUGCGCUCGCUGCCCAAGGAGCUGAAGGAGAGCUUCAACUACGGCCUCUUCUACCCGCCCCAGAAUGGCAAGGCGGGCAAGUUCCUGGACGAGGCGCGCCCGAUCGCCGACUACCCGUUCGCCGAGCCGGUGGGCUGUCUGGAGCUCAAGUACAAGCGGCGAGUGUACAAGAUGCUCAAAAUGGACGAGCGCCAGCUGCGCGCCGCCCACAGCCGCGCCAACCUGCGCCGAAUCGUCGAGCACGUGCUGCAGGCCAACGCCGACAAGGUGGCCAAACUGUGCGCCAAAGGACUCGACCCCAACUUCCACUGCCCGGAGACUGGCGAGACACCUCUGACGCUGACGGCCAAGCUGAAGAGCCCGUCGCGCGUGAUCCUGACGUUGGUGAACGGAGGCGCGCUGGUCGACUACCGGACGGUCGAGGGCGCCACGGCGCUACACAAGGCCGUCGAAAGGAACAACUUCGAGGCUCUCAAGACCCUGCUCGACCUGGGUGCUUCGCCCAACUACCAGGACGCCAAGGGCCUCACUCCGCUCUACUAUUCGAUCGUACACAACGCCGACGCCAGCAUCACGCAGGCGCUGCUGCACGACCAUGCCACCAUCGGCGCCCGCGACUGCCAGGGAUGGGCCGAGGUCCACCAGGCGGCGCGUCGGUCGAUGACCCAGCACCUGGAGCACCUGCUGUUCUAUGGCGCCGACAUGAACCUGCACAAUGCGUCCGGUAACACGCCGCUGCACGUAUGCGCCAUCAACGGCGAGGAGGCGUGCGCGCGCGUGCUGCUCUUCAGGGGCGCCGACCGAGAGGCGCUCAAUUUCGCCAACCAGACUCCCUACCAGGUGGCCGUCAUCGCCGGUAACCUGGAGCUGGCCGAGAUCAUCCAGCGCCACCGGCCGGAGGACAUUGUGCCGUUCAAGGAGGCGCCCAAGUACAACCCGCGCCGCCGCUCGGGCCUGGUGCUGCCGCGCACCCACUCGGAGUCGCGGCUCGGCUCGCCGCUCUCCAAGCCGCCGUCGCCGUCGCCUUCGAACCGCUCGCUGCCGCCGUUCUCGUCGGCGUCCAGCCUGAGCGAGACGAGCACGGGCAGCAGCGGCACGUGCACCCAGCCGACCAGCGAGGCCGAGCCGCCGCUCCUGCAUGGUAAGGACCUAUUUGACGUGGUCUCCGAGAGCUCCGGCGUGGGCACCAGCAACGGCUCCGGCUCUGGUGAGAGCGUCCCGGACACGGCGCCCGAGGCCGGCCUGGUGCAGUUGGCCGCCGCCGGCGCCACCGUCGUCUGCAUGGAACCCUACAGCAGCCCGCUGCCCGGACACCUGACCAUCGCGCACGGAGACAUCAUCGAAGUGUCGGCCUCCACCGAUCACGGGAUGCUGGAAGGCUGCCUGGACGGCCAGCUGGGCGUGUUUCCCGCCCGCUGCGUCCAGGAGGUAAGGCUGCGCAAGUCGCCGCCGGUGGCCGGACCGGCACGGCCGCCGGCUGCCGACGAGCCGCCGUACGGCGCCGCCGGCCUGGGCUGCUCACUGAGCACGCCGUACGGCACGGCGCCGCGCCAGCGCCGGCCCGCGGCGCCGCUGCAGCCGCGCACCGUGGUGCUGCACCGCAGCGCCAAGGGCUUCGGCUUCGUGCUGCGCGGCGCCAAGUCCAGCUCGCCGCUGAUGGAGCUGCGCCCCAGCGAGCGGUGCCCGGCGCUCCAGUACCUGGACGACGUCGACCCGGGCGGCGUGGCCGAGCGAGCCGGCCUAAAACAGUGGGACUUUAUACUGGCGAUCAACGGAGUCGACGUGGCUCAGGAGUCUCACGAGCUGGUGGUGGAGCAGAUCCGGCGCGCCGGCGACCUGGUGGCAAUGACGGUGGUGUCGCUGCCCGACCCGAGCCAGCUGGCGCCGGCGGCAGCCGACCGGCCGCGCCAGUUCUGCACGCUGCCGCGACACGUGUCGGCCGGCGCCGGCCGCCGGCCACCCGUGCCGCCGCUGCCCCCUAAACGCGACCCCAAGACGACGCUGAGUGUGGGCCGCGCGCGCGCCCGCUCCCUGUUCAACAACUACCCAGAGAUCGACGCGCUGGAUCGCGCCAUUCACGACUACGACUCGGAGGGGCGCAGCACCAACAGCAGCUCGGUCGACUCGGAGACGUACAAGGUGCCCAGCGCCGGCGUCCAGGUGGCCUCGAUUCGGACGCGUCCGGCCAGCUCUCGGCUGACGUCCCGCGAGCUGGAGGAGCUGUUCGCCCGGCAGGGCUCUGCGCCGCGCUACCCACCCACGGCCGGACAGGGCGGGCCGCGCGUCUACGCCUCGGUGGCCGAGAUGAAGCGGCACAAGGGCAAGAAGCCGAAGGGCGGUCCGCUCGAGUCAGUGUAUGUGGGUGACUCUGGCAGUCUGAGCAAGGCGUUCCACAGCACGCCGGACCUGCAGUCGGCCGCAUCGUGGAUGGCACGCCGGCGCAGCCACUCGCAGGAGGACCUGCACGCGCUGCAGCAUGGGCCCGGCGCCCGGCUGGCGCCGCGGCCGGCCUGGUCCAGCAGCGAGCACCUGUACGGUCGCGCGCGCCGCGCCAGCACCGACACAGCCAGCGAGACCAGCGACCACAGCAGCAGCCGCGGCGGCGUCGGGCGCCGCAUGCGCCAGCUCAAACUGCGCGGCCGCGCGGUGGCGGCCGGCGCCAGUGCGGCGGUGCUCAGUGGCGGCGCGGCGCCGGCCGGGCCGCUGCUGACAGACGCCGAGUACGCCGUGCCGCCGCCGAUAGGCGACGGCAGCGCGCGCCGCGUGCCCUCCACCUUCCGGCCGUCGUCUGACGCCAAGCUGUACGCUUCGCCAACCGAGCUGAAGACGCUGGCGUUCCACGACGGCGCGGCGCCGAUGCGCAGCCGUUUACAGCCGCAGCAGCGCUCGCGCAGUGUUCCGCCGCCGGCGCGCGACGCGGACCGGACCGAUCAGCCGCUGUCAGACGAGACGACGCCCACCAACGCGGCGCCGCCGUCCGAGCUGUACGCGCGCCCGCUGCGCCGCUCCACGUCUCAGCCGGCCGACGAGGAGCUGCCGCCGCCGCCGCCGGCGGCGCUGCUCAAACCGCCGCCGUCGCCGCGCAGCUCGCACCCGGCGCCGGCCGCCGGCGAGCAGCCGGCCCGGCCGUCACCUCCGCCGGCGGGCGGCGGCUCAAACCUGCAGACGCUGCUGGCCGAGAAGGUGGCCGAGCGUCGGCGCCGGCUCAGCGUGGGCGAUGUGCGCGGCGGGCCGGCCGGAGCUGCGCCGCCGCCAGCAGAGUGCCCACCCGCCCGAGACGCGCCGGCACCAGCAGAGUGCCCACCCGCCCGAGACGCGCUGGCAGCCGGUGAUCGGGUGCAGCAGGUGACGCGGAUACAAGUGGGGAAGAAGCAGAUGCCGUCGGGCAUCCCGAGUCCGACCAAAACCGUGCCCCAGGGGAUGACAAAGUCGCACACCAUCGGUACUCUGAGUGGCACUGACCUGCGCUCGGCGCGCGCCAAACUGCGCAGCGCCCGACAGCCACCCGGCCUGCCGGGCGCCGCGCCGCGCCGCCAGCAGGAGGAGGCGGACAGCUCGUCAUCGGGCGUCAGCUCCGACCAGGACCAGGCGCAGCCGCCGAAAUACGUCACAUUCAUCCCUACCGAGGGCGGUUCAUACACGCGGCGCCGCGACGACAGCGGCGAGUCGGAGAGCUCAGACGACACCAGCGACCGCACGUGGAUCCUGAGCUCGGAGCGCGGUGGGCCGCCGGCGCGGCCGGCCGCCGCCGCCCCGCCCACCAAGUCGAGCAGUAUCCCGUGCCUGUCGACGGCGCACGCCAAGACGGCCGCGCCCACCACACCGCCGGCGUCCAGCCUGAGCAGCAGCAGCGGCGCUGCCAAGCCGGUGUCGAUCACGGUGCCGGGCGGGCGGCCGGCGCGCCAGCGGCGCCAGCUGCGCUUUGGCGGCACCACUACUGUGGUGAUCACCGGCAGCGGCGCGCACGGCACCGACACAGAGGCCGAGCGGCACCCCGCGCACGGCACCGACACAGAGGCCGAGCGGCACCCGGCGCACGGCACCGCCGCCGACGACGAGCGCAGCAUCGAGGAUAGUCUGCGCGAGAUCGAGCAGCACGUCAGCCAGCUGGGCGGCGGCGCGGCGGCGGCCGCGGCCGUGGUGCCGCCGCCGCCCGGGUUUGGUGGCGACGGGCUGCUGCUGGCGCCACCACCCGAGUUCAGCGACCCGGCCGGCCACAAGGCGCCGGCGCCGCGGCCGCCGCCCAAGCCGGCCGCCGAGAGCCAGUCGCGCCUGGUGAAGCCCAGGUCGCUGGCGGUGCGCAGUCGGUCUCCGGCCGGCGCCGGCACGUCGCCGCCGGCAGCGCUGAGCUCACCGAGCGGCGCCGGCUCGGUGACGGCUGGCGCCAGCCCGGCGCGCGCCAGCUCCGGCAUCCCGCGGCCAGACGGCGCGCGCCGCCACUCGGCCGGCAGCCCCAGCAAGAUCCCGGCGGCGAGCCGGCCGCGGCCGGCGGCCGGCGCGCACGUCAAGAACCGGUUCCGCACGGUGCCUGUGUCCCAGUGGAGCGUCGAGGACACCGCUGACUGGCUGGAGAGCCUCUUUAUGCCCGAGUACAAGGCGCGCUUCGCAGAGGCCGAGGUGGACGGCGCGCGACUGCUGCAGCUGGACGGGCCGGCACUGGCCCAGCUCGGUGUGAAGCGCAUGGGACAUCGGCUCAACAUUGAAAAGUCGCUCAAGCGUCUGACCGUGGCGGCACGGGUGGGCAUUGCUGGCCGGUAGGGCCGCCGGUGGCGCCGCCGCGCCCAGUGUUGUUGGUCGCCUCAGCAGUGUUUGUGUGGGCGCCGUCCCGUCCACGCUGCGCCGCUCUGCCGGCGUAGCUCGCCGCCCGACUGGCCGACUGCUCACCGGGCGUCAGCUGUGAUGUCGCGCCGUGCCGAGACGCCCCAGUGGCUGCCAGGUCGGCUCAGCGCGGCGGCUCUCCCCCUUUUUAUUACCAAUGGAGUGCAGCAUAUUGUCAUUCUCGAAGGCGGCAAUAUGAAAUAGGCGAAUGUUGACUGGUCGUGUUAAGUUCAUUUAAAGCGGAGCAGCAGCUUUAAUUGUGCCAAGAUUGCUUACCUAAAUCACUGCUUCUGUCGAAUGGGUCGUAUUCGUGAAAGUAUGUUAUCGCCGUAAGAAGAGAUCCAACUAUGAUUUAUGUACCGUUAGUUCAUAUUUCCGGUCGCCCAGGCAGUUACGUUAGCACUAAGAUAUGUAAGCUAUACGUGCUGGAGCUGCGCGUACCCGUGCUUCCCAGUUCUGAGUGAGUGGGCGUCUGUUUAGGCGCCGUGGUCCACGCUGGGGAGCUAGAACAGAGAGGGCAGAAUGCGCCCAGACACCGGCUUCAACGUGCCAACGAUGUCAGCCAUUGUGAUUGCUAUUGUGAAUCCGCAACGGACUCUGUCAACGUGUUUGUAUGAAUUUAUUUUGUAAAUAACCAUUGUUCAAUUAAAGACAUCUAGAUCAAUAA